GAGCUCCACCCUCAGCCACGGCCACAGCCGCUCUGCCAAUAAAUAAGGCAAAGCAUCUCCCCGCUUUAUUUACCUCCAAAAUGGAUGCUUUCAAUGGGAUUUUGAAGUUCAUCCUGCACCAGAAGACGGUGAUUGGCUACAGCUUCAUGGCUCUGCUGACCCUGGGAAGCGAGCGGCUCUUUUCACUCGUGGCGUUCAAGUGCCCCUGCAGCACCGAGAAUGUACUGUACGGGCUGGUUUUCCUUUUUGCUCCCGCCUGGGUUUUACUCAUCCUGGGAUUCUUCCUGAACAACAGGUCCUGGAGACUCUUCACAGGCUGCUGCGUGAACCCCAGGAAAAUCUUCCCCCGGGGCCACGGCGGCCGCUUCUUCUAUGUCCUGGGCCAGAUCACUCUGAGUUCCUUGGUGGCUCCAAUGAUGUGGCUGUCGGUGGCUUUGCUCAAUGGCACUUUCUAUGAAUGUGCCAUGAGCGGGACAAAAAGUGCAAGACUCCUGGGAUUGAUUUGCAAGGACAAGCCCAAAGAGUGCUGGGAAGAGCUUCACAAAGUGUCAUGUGGCAAAACCAGCAUGACAGCCACGGACAGCGAGGAGCUGAAGCUGUCCCUGCAAGCUCAGUCUCAGAUUCUAGGAUGGUGCCUGAUUUGUUCAGCAUCUUUUUUCUCUCUGCUCACCACUUGUUAUGCUCGCUGCCGAUCUAAAGUUAGCUACCUUCAGCUGAAUUUUUGGAAGACAUAUGCACAGAAGGAGAAGGAGCAGUUGGAGAAUGCGUUCCUGGACUACGCCAGCAAGCUGAGUGAGAGAAAUCUGAAAAGCUUUUUUGAAAACAAGAGGCCAGAGGUCUUCCCCAUGCCUACUUUUGCUGCCUGGGAGGCUGCUUCAGAGCUGCAUUCUUUCCACCAAAGCCAGCAACACUAUAGCACCCUGCACAGGGUGGUGGAGGAGGGUCCAGAACUUAGCCCCGAGGAAGAUGAGACCACAAUGGUCCUUGUGGGUAGCGCCCACAGUGUGUAGUUCAUCCACCAUCGCUGACUCAUGGUGUCCAGGGGUUCACUUCUUAUAACAUCUUGUCACUGCAUCAGCCACAACCUGUGAAUAUCUGUGUUUUCUCACAUUCCGUGUUUCUGUAUAAGACAACAAGGCCAAGGGAAGCAGCUUUGCAGCUCCCAAGUGCAGAUGGUGUUAGGAUGUGCUCAAACUGAUGCUGAGUGACUGGCCAAGGAUGGCGAGAAAGGUGGUCUUGCUUUGGGUGGGGAUCGGGUUCAGAAUCUUCAAGUUUAAGAUUUUGUGAUUCAACAGCAAGACUCAUGCAAGAGGGUCAUGGCAUCUGGGGAAGAAGUGGUGAGCUGUGAGUGAGACAGGUACUCUUAACGGACUACUGUACACAGUGGGAUCUGCAGUGUAGUCAGCAAAAUCCUCGUCCUAUAAAUCUACCCUAGUGCCCUUUAAGGAUGUAUAAAAUUCUGCCAUCUGAAAUUCAUUUCCUCAGAAUCUGAAGACAUCAGUUCUCAAAAGUAAUACAUUGACUGGAUAUAAUGCCUAAAAUUCUGACCUUCUCGCCUGUUUCCAGCAUACAAUAAAAGUAAGCCCUGCAAGCAGGGCUGUAUUAGGGCUAUUGUGGGCUCUAAGUACUUUUGCUUUCAUGGACCACUUUCUACAUUAAAAAUACACACACACACACAUACACACAUAUUCAUGAUUGUGUUGAUAGAAAAUAUAUAAAUAUUAUGUAUUAAAAAAUUUUUCAACCCAAAAGUUUAUUUUUUUUUCAGAUUUUAAAAGAAAUUCAAAACACUUGUGGGCCCCCUCAGGUAUCAUGGGCCCUAGGCACAGUGCCCACUGUGCUGAAUGGGGCAGUGAGCCUUGACUGGAGGUCUGUGGGAACUGUCCAAAGCGUGAAGCCCAAAAUGUAUACUGAGCCAGAAUGAGACUCUAGGAGAGGCCAAAGGGCAUGCUGGGAUGCUGAGGCUGGAGCUUGAGCACAGAGAGAAACCCUGGAGGAGGCCUACGUUACUGGUAAACAAGGCAAUGCCAGUGGCUUGUUAAAAAAUAUGUAUUUUUUAUUGAUUUCAGAGAGGAAAGGAAAGAGAGAUAGAGAUAGAAACAUCAAUGAUGAGAGAGAAUCAUUGUUUGACUGCCACUUGCACACCUCACACAUUGAAUAAUAAUUCAAUGUAUUAUUUUUGAGAAUUGAUGUCUUUAGAUUCGGGAGAUUGAGCCCACAACCCGGGGUUGUGCCCUGACAGGGAAUUGAACCGUGACCUCCUGGUUCAUAGGUCGACACUCUACCACUGAGCCAUGCCAGCCAGGCCACGUGCCAGUGAAGUUAUUCUUUUUGGAGCAGGAUUUUGAUCAAGAGCAUUAGGUUAGUUUAAUCUAUUUUGUGGGUAGGGACAUAGUUAUUACACAUAUAAAAUGUCAUAUUUGAAUCUGGAAGGAAAUGUGCUUUUAGGCAGCUUCAAAUAAUAUUUUCAAUGUUCAGCCGCUAGUUAAAAUUGAGUUAUGCAGAAAAAAUACUUGUCUAGCUGUAAGAAAGACCAUAUUCUAAAUUUUGCUCUUCCACUGAGGAGGAAAGGUAGAAUUAAUGUAUAUGACAAUCUAUUAUGCUCUGGGUAGUUUACAUAUGACUUAUAUUUAAAACUCACAGGUAUACUGGGAAGGAAGUAUUACUAUUUCUACUUUUAUAAAUAAAACUAAAGUUCAAAAAGGUUAAAGUUAAGUCAUAGGUAAAAGAUAAGAAACUAAAUUUACACCUGAAUUUAUCUGACUCAACUUCUACCACAUAAAAUGUUGCAGGAUAUUGAUAUAUUCUCAAAUAUUCAGUUAACCAUAAAAAGCAUGUUUCCAUUUGUAAUAUCUUAAUCAAUAAAGGGGAAAAAAUUAAGAAAAGAAAAAAAUAGUACACACGUGCACACACACACACACACACACACACACAGCAUGUUUCCUCACUGAAGCAUCAAUGAGCCUGGCCAGCGGCCUCAGUGGUUGAGCAUGGACCUAUGAACCAGGAGGUCACGGUUCAAUUCUCUAUCAGGGCACAUGCUGGGUUGUGGGCUCGAUCCCCAGUAGGGGGAGUGCAGGAGGGAGCUGAUCAAGGAUUCUCUCUCAUCAUUGAUGUUUCUAUCUCUCUCCCUCUCCCUCUCCCUUCCUCUCUGAAAUCAAUUAAAAAUAUAUUUUUUAAGUAAGAAAAGUCUAAACUCAGGUGAUACUGAGUAAUUGUGCUUAAAAACAAUACUUGACAAUAUACGCAUCCUUUGGAAGA